AUGGGUUUCAAGCGGCGCCGCGAGCUCUACAACGUCGACACCAAGCUCGUCGAGAUCUAUGAAGACCUUGCCAGCGAAAAGGACGAGAUCCGUCUGAAGGCUGCACAGGGCCUCGUGUCGCAGUUCACCCCCGACAAGAACCCCACAGAUGACCAGAUCAAGAAGGCACUCCAGCGACUGUUCCGUGGUCUUUGCAGUUCCCGCAAGGCUGCGCGCAUUGGAUUCUCGAUUGCCUUGACGGAAGUCCUGACGCAGAUCUUUUCGGUAAAGCGCGAGGACUCGCAGCUUAGCCUUGAGGAUGCGCUCAAGCUUUGGGAGACUCAAACCAAUGCCACCGGCGGCGAGUCGGGACAGGAACAACGUGACCACCAUUUCGGCCGUCUCUUCGGCGCUGAAGCGCUCAUCAAAUCCGCCGUCCUCUUUCAGCCUUUCGUGCCGUUCACAUACUGGACCAGGGUCCUUGAUCUGAUUUUCGAACUCGCCCAGAAGAAGCCUUGGCUCCGCGAGGAGUGCGGUUGGAUUAUCUACCGCUGUGUCUACGAUCUCUCUUCGCGCAAUAUGGAUGUGAAGUUCGUGGAGGCUGCUGUGGAACGCCUGUGCUCGUAUAAUCUGGCCCCGUCCCCGGAAGGCGUUGCGAUCUGGCUGGCUGCCAAGGACAUGUUCCCCAAGGCCAACUUCCCCAGCAAGAUCUGGAAGCACGAUGAUCCGCUGGACCCCAAGGAGCGCGGCAGUCUGUCCAAGAUUAUGAAGGAGUCUUCUUCCGAGCAGGGCGAGGGCGAUAAUAAAGCCAAAUCCUCUGGAGUGUGGAACUCCAAGCUCCACUUUGCUUGGGAUGCAGUUCUCUCGCGAACCAGCGACGGAAGCAGCAAGUCCAAGUCUGCUCGCUUGAGUUUCGCCGAUUUCUGGCUCGAAGUCGUGGACAAUGGUCUGUUUGCCUCUGCCUCGUCGGAUGAGCGCAAGUACUGGGGAUUCCUUCUCUUCAACAAAGUUCUCAACGACGGCUCAUCGCAGCAGGCAUCCCAUAUCUUCACCAAGAACCUGGUCCGGUGCUUGAUGAACCAGCUUGCAGUCGAGGACCGCUAUCUCCAUCGGAUGGCCGUCAAGGCCUCCAAGGCCAUUCCGGCCCGUGUGUCCAAGGAGCCCAGCUUCGCUGCCGCAGCAGUGCGUGGCUUGAUGAAAACCAGUGGCACGAUCAACUUUGACCAGGCUACGAAGACAAAGACUGUCGAGAAGAUCGUGACCGAGGCCAAUCUCGAGGCUCUGCAGGAGAUUGUCCCCAUGCUUGAGCAGCUUCUCAGCCGCCCCGGCACAACCGAGGAGAAGGGAGCUUCUUCCAACCGCCAGUUUGUCGCCCACCUUCUCCUUUCAAUCGUGCGCUCGAAGGCUUCUACCGGUGACAAGGACUCCGAGGAUGACUACCAGUCAGUCCUCGAGCAGAUCCUGUCCACUUUCGUGCGCUUUGCAUACUUCAAGGGUGACGGUGCCCGCGAGUCUGUGCCCGAACCGGCCUUUACCCAGGCGACGCAGGAGCUUCUUCGGAACCGAAUCAACUCGUCCUUGAACAGUCUCCUCGCAUCGCAGAAGUACGCCACGACCAUUCCCUACGCCGUCGUGCGCCAGAUCCGCGAUGGAGCCAAGUCCGAAGAGUACGGCAAAUUCAUCAUCAGCAUCGAUGAUAAGCUGCAGGAUUCCGUGAAGACCGCUUUCAAGUCAUUGAAGAAGCUCUCCAGCAGGGAGAAGAAGGGUGAGACUUCCAGCAUCUCUGCUUUCAAGCUCCUCUACUCCAUGACUGUGCUGCAAGUGUACAGUGGUGACGCCGAUGCCGUAUCGAUGCUGGAUGAGUUGGAGUUCUGCUACACCAAGUUUUUGGGCGAUGAGGGCUCGAAGAAGAAGAAGGAGGACACUUCCGAUGCCUCGGAUGCGCUAGUGGAAAUCUUACUGUCCUUUGCUUCGAAGCAGUCGCAGCUGUUCCGUCGUAUGAGCGAGCAGGUAUUUGGUGCCUUUGCGGACCAGGUUACUGAGAAUGGCUUGGAGUCGUUGAUCUCGAUUUUGGAAGCCAAGGAGAGCUUGGCCGGCCAGCAAGAGAUGUUCGACCAAGAAGACGACGAUGAUGUUGAGGAGGAUGAUGAGGAUGACAAGGACGACGACGAGGAGAUGAUCGAUGUCGACGAAGAGGACAGCGACGUCGAGGUCAUCGAGGCAGGCGACGCCUCUGGAGACGCCGACUCCGACGAAGAAGAGGAGGAGGAGGAAGAAGGAGAGGAAGACGCUGCUGAUGUCGCCGCCUUCGAGGCUAAACUGGCCGCCGCCCUGGGCACUCACCGCGCAGACGAAGAUGCCGCCGAGUCCGACUCCGACGCCGACAUGAAUGAUGACGAGAUGGAACAAGUGGACGCCCAACUGGCCAACGUCUUCCGAGCCCGCAAGGAAGCCGCCUCCCAAAUCAAGGACAAGAAAGACGCGCGCGAGAACAUGGUCAACUUCAAGAACCGGGUUUUGGACCUGAUCGAGAUCUUCGUGAAGAAAUGCCACACGCGUCUUCUUGCCCUAGACCUGCUCCUGCCUCUUCUCCGCCUCGCACGCCGUUCCUCCGUGAAGCAGAUCGCCGGCAAGGCCAACAGUGUGCUGCGCGAGUAUACCAAGUUGUGCAAGGGCAAUGCCGUGCCCAAGAUCGACGGCGAAGCCGAGCCCGUCUGGGAGCUCCUGCGCGCUAUCCACAAGGAAGCCAGCCACAGCGGACCUCCCGCACAUGCAGCUGCCGCCAGCCAGGCAUCGCUGCUUGUGGUCAAGGUGCUUGUCGCGGACGACAAGGCCGCCAUCGCCGACGUGGUGGACGUCUACGCCGCAACCCGAAAGGAACAGCUGAUUAGCACAAAGUGCCACGUCCAGCCAUCCUUCUUCACAGAAUGGAACAACUGGUGCGUAUCAGCAAGCAAGCAGUUGAAGAACUAG